AUGGUUCUCAUUGAGUCCACUGACAUGCUUCCUUUAUUCCCAGGCCUGUGGCUCCCCAUCACCCAGCUCCUGCCCACGCUCCUACUUGCUACUCAGACCAGACCCAUCAUGUCUCGUUGCUAUGGUUGGAGAAAUCAGCCCUGUAGGCCUGUGAAAGGCCUUCAGGUCCACAGAAAGGCACCAGGCCUUGUGGAUGCACAGGCUCUGGUAGCUCAGGAGGAGGAUACCACAUCUUUCUUUCCCUUCUGUUUCCCGUCCUCCUUUCCCUCUGCCUCCUGUUAUUCUCUGAUCCUGGGCAUCACAAACAAGGUUUCUGCUGCUGGGAUGCUGAGUCCUCCCCAGGGUCCUCAUAGAGCCUGCUCCUGCCCCACUUCCAUCAAAGCUACUCCAUCAAUCAAAUCAGAUCAGAGCUCCAGCAGGCAACAAGAGGAGGGCCCAAGCACCUUGCAGGCCCAGCCAGAUGGCAAGUCCUUGAUUAGAGAUGUUACAGAUGACAAGGUGGCUCAUUUGGUUCUUUUCCUGCUCCUUAAGUAUCGAACCAAGGAGCCAAUAACAAAGACAGAAAUGCUGAAUAGUGUUAUCAAAGAUUACAAAGAUAACUUCCCUGUGAUCUUCAGUGAAGCCUCUGAGUGCAUGCAAUUGGUCUUUGGCAUUGAUGUGAAGGAAGUGGACCCUGUUGGGCACUCCUAUGUCCUUGUCACUGCCCUGGGCCUCACCUACGAUGGGAUGCUGAAUGAUUUCCAGAGCAUGCCCAAGACUGGCCUCCUGAUAAAUAUCCUGGGUGUCAUCUUCUUGGAGGGCGAUUGUGCCCCAGAGGAGGUCAUCUGGGAAGUGCUGGGUGUGAUGGGGGUGCGUGCUGGGAGUGAGCACUUCAUCUAUGGGGAGCCCCGGAAGCUCAUCACCCAGGAUUGGGUGCAGGAAGGGUACCUGGAGUACCGGCAGGUGCCUGACAGUGAUCCCACGUGCUAUGAGUUCCUGUGGGGUCCGAGGGCUCACGCUGAAACCAGCAAGAUGAAAGUCCUGGAGUUUUUGGCUAAGGGCAAUGAUAUCAUCCCCAAUGCCUUUCUUAUCUGGUAUAAGGAGGCUGUGAGACAUGAGGGAAAGGGCAGCCAAGCGAGAGUUGUAGUCAGAGCCAAUUGGGGUCCCAGGGCCAGUGCAUGUUCCAGGGCCACAUCCAGAAGUCUCUGUCCCAAGCGAAGUCUGAGGCAGAUUCUUAACUCUUUGUUUGGAGAGAGCAGUCACUGUUAUAAGCAGUGAAGAGGCAAGGUGGGGCUUGGGAUAUAAUAUCUUUGAGUAUAACAUCUUGAAUGUAUGACAUUGUUAUGUUAGUGUUCAAUAUGGGCGACUUGGAAAUUAUUUUUUUUUCUUUUUGGUGUUUUUGAAGUAUUCCUUUUAAUGGAAAGUUUAAUUAACUUCAAGUUCUAGGUUUACAAAUGGCACUGCUCACAAAUAUAUUGCUGCUUAUCCAGUUUAAAAGUUUUCAUGUUAUAGGCCGGGCGUGGU